AUGCCGCUGCGCAGGUUUCGACUGUUGGCCUUGCACGGCAAAGGAACAUCGGCACGAAUCAUGAAGACGCAGAUCAAGCCGAUCGUCGACGCGCUUGGCGAGCUGGUCGAGGUGGAGUAUUUGGAGGGCGGUGAGCGAUGUGCGCCACACCAAGGCAUCGAAAGCAUCUUUCCGGGCCAAGCGUACUUUUCGUGGUACGAGCAGCCGACGCGCGCUGCAUUGCAGGCGGCGCACAUCAGGGUGGCAGCCAAAUUGGACGCUUCGGGUUGCUGCUAUAGGAAGCAGAGUGAUGGCUCGCAGCAGCUCCGUGCAGCCAUAGCGUUGGAAAACGAAAUAAGCAUCGAUCCUUUGGCGAUGCAUCCAGCGUUGACCGACACGGCAAGCACGGGCGCACUGCCUGCUCUGACGCCCAGCUAUGGAGGCACGGACUCGGAUGCGAGCACGGCCGGACCAACGACACCUCUGGAAGAGCAUCGAUGCGCAUUCGACGGGGUGAUCUGCUUCUCGCAGGGAUGUGCGGUGUCGACAGGCAUGCUACUGGAGCUGAGGGCACAUGUGGGAGCUGGACUGGACGAGCUUCCGGUGCGACUGGUGAUUCUCAUCUGUGGCGGACGACCGUUUGAGAGCGGAGGAGGGCUGCAGCGCGUGGACACGAGGGGAGUUGCGCCGCUCGAGAUCAAGAGCGUACAUGUGCAUGGCCGACACGAUACGAAUCUAGCGGAAUCGCGACAGCUGGCAUCGCUGUACGACGACCGGGACAAGCAGGUGAUCGAGCUCGACAUUGGACACUGCCCACCGCGGCGAACCUCGGAGGUGGCGGGCAUCGUCAAGAUCCAGGAACGGCGCGAGCGUGGCCUCAAUGCGCCGGUCAACCUGCUGCACCCCGUUCCAUUCGAGCAGCUCAAGCAGAUCCAGCAGCCCAAGCAGCUCGUGGUGAUUUCAAGACGAGCUGAGCAACGCGGCAUCGCUCCGAAAGCAAACGGCAACGACAAUGGCCGUCGGGCGUGGAACAGCCGACGGGAUGAGAUGCACAAAAAGGUCGCCUGCCGGGCCAACCGUCGAGGCCCCACCUCCGAAGUGUGCAUGCAUCAAAAGUCGAGCGCCGGACCUAUCGGCUUGGCCGUCAUCCUCCUCGUCAUCCGCAAACUUCAUCUCUACGCCCGGCUCACUCCCACUCCCACCUCCGAAUCACCCGGCCUGCUCUUCAGCACCGCUUCCGUCUCGUCUUUUCUCGUUUCGUCUCGCCUUGCUGCGGCCCCCCGUCCACCCGUCCCCAUCAUCGCAAUCCUUGCAUCUCAGACCACUUCGUUCCGUUGGCCGCCGCCGCCGCCGCCGCCGCCGCCAGUAUACCUCUCGCUCCGUCCUGUCCCGAAAUCGGCAGCCUUCUUCUGCAUCACUGCUCCUGCAUCAACUUGGGAAAUCGCUCGGUUUCAUCUGCCUGCCGCAUCCCCGCUUGCACCUGCUGCCUCGGACCACAGCUUCGAAGCCACAAAGCUUGCAUCUAGCUUGAUCUCGACGCAUCCCAUGUGCGCUGCCUGCUGA